AUGCCCAAGUGGGACAAGCUCAUGCUCUGGGAUAUGCGAACCUUCCGCUUCUACUCGGUCAAGAUCGAGCACAAUGCUGUCGAUGCGAUGCAGUUCCGCAAAAUUUCUCCUCUCCCCAUGACCGCCCCCAUCGUCGACCAUAUGACGAACGGUCUCACUGUCCUCGACCAGGGCUACAAGAACACUGCCGCCGUCCUCUCUGAGAUCACCCACAUCGAUGGCAAUAAGGGAAAGCUCCAGUACCGCGGCUACCCCGUCGGCUACCUCUUCGAGAACCACGACUACGAGGAAGUCUGCCACCUCCUGAUCUGGGGCAACCUCCCGACUCCCGAGCAGAAGCGCCAGUUCCGCGCCAACAUGGCUAAGGAGAUGGUUCCUGACCCGUCUGUCAAUCGCGCUGUUCGCGCUUUCGCUCCUGAGGCCCCUGCCUUCCUGAUCAUCUCUGCCGGUCUGGCCGCCUGGGCUGCCUCCGACCCGAGCAAGAUCCCCGUUCAUGCUGGUGACCGCAUCUACCUCGGCAAGACCAAGGAGGUCGAUGCUGGUGUUUACCGCUCGCUCGCCGCGCUCAUGACCGUCACCGCCAUGACCUCGUGCCACCAGCAGAAGAAGACCUUCAUCGCGCAGGCAGACCCCAGCCUCUCGCCCAUCGACAACAUGCUCAUCAUGAUGGGCAAGGUCGACCGCUAUGGCAAUGCCGACAAGAAGUUCAGCAAGGCUAUCAACAAGCUCUGGAUCCUCUUCGCUGACCACGAGAUGACCAACUCCACUGCCGCCUAUCUGCAUGCCGCCUCGUCGCUCUCUGACCCGCUCUCCUCCAUGGUCACUGGUAUCUCCGCCUGUGCUGGUCCCCUCCACGCCGGUGCCAUCGACCUCGCCUACAAGCGCUUCGCCGAGAUCCGCGCCACCGAGGGCGGCGUCAAGAAGCACAUGGAGGACGUCAAGGCCAAGAAGUUCCGCCUCAUGGGUGUCGGCCACCGCGUCUACCGCACUGUUGACCCGCGCGUCGGCUACCUCCGCGACAUGAUGUCGCAGUUCCAGAACGCCGUCAAUGAUAACCCGCUCCUCGAGGUCGCCAAGGAGAUUGAGAAUGCGGUGUUCAACGACGAGUACUUCACUUCCAGGAAGCUCAGCAUCAACGCUGAUCUCUAUGGCUCUUUCGUCUACGCUGCUCUUGGUUUCGACGUCCGCAUCUUCACUCCCCUCGCCAUCACCGCCCGCUCUGCUGGCAUCCUCGCCCACUGGCGCGAAUCCAUGCACCAGCCGCCCUGCCUCUGGCGCCCGCGCCAGGUCUACACCGGCCGCGUCUCCGAGGACGCAUGA